UUGGAGCGCCACCGAAGAAGAAAGUGCGUGAUGACACCGAUGGGGGGGGGGGGGAUAUAUAUUUAUUGAAUGGAAAGGACACCGAUGGGUUCGAUGACAGUAUUGUGUCUACUGGAAACGAAACUAGCAUCAUCUCGGAACCAGUCGCAGUAUCGGGGCUGUCAGAAUUUUCUACACCAUUCAGUGCAGACAUCGCAACUUUGGAGACUGCAUCUCGGCCACCCACAUGCGCCACAUAUGAUCAAGACUACAGUGGAAGCCUACCCAGGCAAAAAUCUGGAAUGGGACCACUUCGAAGUGGAUUAUUGGACAGGAACCACUUGGAAUGUGGAACCAUUCACUGGUUGGGACCAUACAGUUAAAAGUGGAACCAGUUUCACGGUGGUGCCACUUGAAGUGGAACCAAUGGAAUUUAUCCAGUGGUCCCCUCUGCUAAGUGGUCUCGAAUCCGACACUCCGGAACUGCCUACUCAAGACGGGAUUCAACACACCAGAUGGUCCUGUUUUACCAAUAGGUUCACAUCUGCACAAAAGAUUACUGUCACAGAUGUGAAGGAAGCUUUCAAGAUCGACUCUUGCAGUGUGACUCGUAAGGCCAUGCCUGGUAUUACAAGCAGCCAUUUGCAGCCCAAUAAUUUUGAGAAAAUGAGGGUCAGCUAUGCUUUCCAGCUGUUCGGUCCAAAAGUUCUCCAGGCACUCAACCUCUACAAGCCAGAACUAGAGAUGACAUGGGGAAGCAUUCUGGGAACGCAAAUCUUCUUCAAAAGAAUUCAAGAGCUCAUCCCAGCUAUAUGACAUCACGAUUUCUGAAGGACGCUCUCAAGCCCAACUCGCCAAAGCACAGAGUGCUUAAAGAAUUCCUUGACUUUUUGAAUGAGUGGGAAAAUCACAGCCAGUGCACUGGAGGGUUCUUAAGUGACUCCACAGCAACUGGUCUUCGUGUUACAAUUCUCAGUACUUUAGAGUUGUUGACAUACCUGACAGAAAAAGUGAAGUUUAAGUACCUAAUCACCUCAAAGCUCAGCCAAGACCCCCUCCAAAACUUAUUUGGAAUCAUAAGAGAGUCCUCAGGAAGCAGUCACCAUCCCACACCAACCCAGUUUCUGAUACUUGUGAACUGCCUUUCUUUCGACGGGCUGGUUAAGUGCAUCUCACAGGGAAACUGUGAGUCAAGCACACUUUCAUCUCUGUUAGACAUAGAUGAGAUGGAUACGGCUAAACCGAGCUCGAAGACACUUCUGAUGAAAGGUGGAAGCGAUGGACUUCCAGAAGAGCUGCGUGCUCCACAUCAUGACCACGACCAACAGAUCGUCAAGAGUAAUCGUCGCCCCAUAUACUACUACAUUGCUGGGUACGUCGCACGAAAGUGUGUCCUGAAGGCGAAUUAUGUAGUUUGUACGUCUGCCCUCACAAUGCAGAACCCUGGUGACAGCCUUGAGCUGGCAAGACACACAAGGUACUGUGACAAAGGAGGCCUUCUGUACCCAUACUCUCAGCUUUACGACUUCGUGCACAGGCUUGAAGAUCUCUUCACUGAGUGCUUUAGUUGCAACGAACUACAUUCGGAAAGUGUUAUUGACGUGCUGCUGGUAGUAAGGGCAAGAUUACACAAGCAUGUAGGGUGUCACGACCAUGCAGAUAGACUAUCUGAAGACGUAAUCAAUUUUUAUGUUGUCGUGAGGCUACAUUUCUUUGUGAAAGGUGUGAAAUAUGUCAAGUUGAGCAAACGAGAAAGG